GAUGUCAUGAACUACGUGGAUGGCACGAAGUGGGAGGACAGGUACCUAUGCGGCCCCAGGUUGGUCGCGCGCCUGUCAGGACCGGCGGCGACGGCCUGUAUCGGCAGGCCUAGAGGAUGGCUGUCAAACAACUGGGGUGCGGACCGGCUACUGGAGUACCUGCAGAAGAAUGUGAUGAGACAGCCAGUGGAGGACGUCGGCCAUUAUAUGGGAGAAUACUUCGUGAAGCUCAGGCGUAAGUGCGGCGAGAGUAUGGGCGAGUAUUGCCUGAGGGUCCAUGAGCGCUACCAGCGGCUGCGGGUGGCGCUCGCCAGCAUGAUAGGCAAGACGGAGACGAUGCAGACCCCAGCGACUAUCUCAUCCUUCGACAAGUGGCCAGAGGACUCGGGGACAGCUUCGUGGUAUCGUGUUCCCGGCGGUGAAGAGGGUACCGCCGACGACCAGGAAGCUGAGGAAGUCCAAGACUGGAAAGUGCCGGGAGAUGAGGAUCAUGGCCGGUGGUAUCGUCAUGGCUGGACCAGCGGUGGUUGGUGGCAGCAUCAGUGGGGCCAGCGUGAUCAGGAUGAUCAGAGCGGUUGCACGUUCCCGACGCAGGACCUGCCCGAGGUGCUGCCCAGCAUCGUCAGAGGAUGGUAUUUGUUGCACCGCGCGGGCCUUGAUGGCGGCGAGAUCGCAGCAGUCAUCGGUUCUUGUCGGGGUGACUUCACAGUGGAGAGUGUCGAGUCGGCGCUGCGGACACAGUGGCCGAGUGAUGAGAAUCUGAAAGAGCGAGAUUGCAGGAAGUCGAAGUUCAUCCGGCAGCAGGUGGCGGCUGCGGCUUUCAAUGGCGAGGACGCACAGACCUGGAACGUUGACGACGACAAAGAGUCUGUCAUGGCCUCAGCAGUGGCGAACAACGUCAAGGAGGAUGGCGACGAUGAAGGCGAUGACGAAGCUUUCGCGACUGCUAUGGAUGAGGAGGAAGAGGCUUUCGCCCAGUUCCAGGCCAGCCAUAAGCGCCUCCAGGUGCUCAUCGCACAGGAGCAUGUCCAGAUCGUGGCGACGGCCGUCUCGCUGGAAGCCGUCCAGGAGGUCCAAGAGGUGGUCAGCCUGGAUGGGGACAAGUUCAACGGAUUGGUGCUGAUGGCGGCGGCUAUGACCGACGACGGCGAAGAGGCCCUGAACAACAGCGUGGACUUGGAUGACCCUGAGAUUAAGAUGGCGUGCGUAGUCUCGCGGGCGACGGAGUCGGGCCACGGCAUCAUAGACAGCGGGGCCACGAAUACCAUCGGCGGGAUCGAGGCGAUUGAGAAUUUGAAUGAGAUCCUCGCGAAAAGGGGACACCCCCCGAUGGAGAUCGACCUUAAUGAUCGCCCGGUCUUCAAGUUUGGCAACGGCGAGGUCAAGCGGGUCCUGUGCAAGGUGAAGUUCUCUCUGCUUGUGGGUGGCACCAAGGUGUCUAUCAUGGUCCAUGCAGUGGAGGCUCCAGGGAUCCCUAUUCUGGUGUCCAUCGAGACCUUGAACAACCUCGGAGCGGUGAUCGACUUCGAGGCGAGUGUCGGCAUUUUCAAGCGUAUCGAUAGCACCGAGAUGAUCUCUUUCCCGCGGUCGCGCACUGGCCACCUCCUGAUCGAUUUGACGUGCGACUUGCUGGGCGAGGAACUCUCGAAUCCAGGGCCGGCGGAUUGCAUCCUGAGCCGGGGCGUGGCAGCUCUUGCAGAUCAGACGCAUGUGGAGGCGUCGGCAGACACCGGGGGAGUGGCCCGCUGGGACCUGUGCGACGACCGCAUGCUCAAGCAGAUCAUCCUCGGGUUUCUUGAAGACAUCUGCGGGAUGUCAGAGGGCAUCCAGGUCUAG